AUGUGUCUGCUGACUGGCCGAGGGAACAGCAAUCGACAUGCGGAUUUAGAAAAACGCUUGGAGUCGUUGAGAAGGCUCAUUGAAGCCGACCCAUACAGUGCAUUGUUUGGGCGUAGACCAGAACCCUUCCAUAAGUUUGGAAAAAUCGACAUCCCCUGGAAUGGCUUCCUUCAAUCAUUCUCCAAAUUCCAACGACCAACCAAGACCAGGAAAACAAAUGCAGCCCAUUGUCAGAUCAAUACCAACCACACUGGGCUUCAAUACGAUCCCAUCAGUGGACGUAUGGUACCUGCUCCGCCCACUAAAUCUCGGAGCGUCGAUGAAGAGGCAAACCUCGCGCACCAGAAACAAAAUAUCCAUUCGCCGAACAAGGAAGGGGGAUCUGCUAUCCCAGGCCUGGGUGAGAACUGGCAGCAGCCGAGGACAUUGAGCACUAAUGUCGAUACACACCUCGGUUCAAAGCCAGUAGUCAGGCUUCCACCGCAAAGCGCAGAGGGUGCGCAAACCGAAACCGAAACCUCCAAUGAGGCUGUAAAGCCCCCAAUUGCCAAUCAAAAUAGCUACUCCAAGUACGAAUUAGACUCUUCCAUAUCGGAACCAACCAAGACAACACAACGUCAAACAAAAAUGCCUGGUCCCGAAGAUAGUACCAAGAAACCAAGCUCCUUCGUGGAUCUGUCAUCGGGUACCAGUGUAGAAUGUCCACCGGGAAACGAACUGGAGACCAAGUUUGUCACUGAUCCUGCCAGCUGCUCUGACAAAGUUGGCCCGUCCGAGCCUAGCAGUCAACAGCCAGAUGAUGCAUUCUCCGUGAACAAAAAGUGUUUACCUAGUGAUGGGUUGGAAGCCAGAUCCACGAUUGAGCCAGCCCACACAAGCAUCGAAGAGCCUGAUUGUCCAGACACUCGUUCGGAAAUCCGCCCAAGGUCACAGCGAAGUGUCGACUGCUCACCAGGCAGCGAGCUAGAAGCACAAAUUUUGUCCCAGCCGAAAAAGAAAGAACAAAGCCAGCCAGCAACCCACACUACCAUUGAUUGCUCCCCAGGAAGUGAGCUUGAGGCACAUUUCACUGCAAAUCCAGCCUCCAAAGAUGAAGCAGCCCUUGGAAAAUCCCAGUCACCAGUUGUUGCUCCCACUUCCAGGGUGACUAUAGACUGCUCUCCCGAAAGUGAACUUGAAGCAAUGCUUGCUGCUGAUUCCUCGAGUGCCAAUAACCCUAAAACAGAGACAGCUCUUGGAGGCUUCAACUCUAGUAUCACAAAAGCGCAAGAAUGUCUCCCAAGUCUCGAUUUUUCCAAAGAAUGCGUGGGUGAAUUCAUCACCCAAAACCAAACACCAGUUCUCGAGAGUGAGGUUCAAUCAUCAUUAUUUCAGCAACCGCUUCCAGAAUUCUAUAUCCUUGCCUUCGAUGCAUCGAAAUCACAGGUCACGACCGCAAAAGCCCACUCUUUCUUUGGAAUCAAAGCAGAUACCAGCCCUCAUGAGAUUCUCCCACUACUCAACAACCCCGCAAAAUUCGUACCAUACUUUGAGAACAUGCAAAAACACGGAUAUGAGAUAGCUGCCGGGGGAGGAGAUAUCCUAGUCUUCCGAAAGACGCAUAUCGCCCCUCCGGUCCCAGAGAAAGCAGAGCAAAAUUCCUCAAUUCGCGCAGACGUUGCGAAUAGUAUUGGCGACGACCCAAAAGGCUCAAGUUCAGCACCAUCAGACCCAAGAGUGUGUGGACAGCCCACUUCAGAGCCACACCCAGCAGCAGAGUCCCCGAAUAACGAACCCAAACCAUUGACAAGACCAGGAUCAUCUUCAGGAACCGCAAUUCGCAGAAUGUUCUUUGCAGGAGCUGCUACUGCACUGACAUGUUAUGCCAUCGGAGCAAUGACUGAGUUCUUCCGCACAGGGGGAGUAGAUGGGCGUGGAGCGGACGGGUUUACUGUGUUUGAAUCGGACCGACGUCGAGAGUAG